GAAUCGCAACAAUAAAUCGCAAAGUAUAAACAGUAGAAUUUAUUCGACUCUAUUCUUGAAAAUAAUGUAACAAUAUCAAUUGGCGCGAACCGAAUAUGAUGAUUUCAUCUUUGAAAAUAAUUAUUCUCUUUAUCAUCAUCAGCUUGAUUCUAGUGGAGUUGACGACAAGUAGAGUUGCAGGGUUUUGUAACUCUACAAUAUUGACAAAUGGCAAUGUCAAACGUUUGCAAUGCAAUUUCGAAAAAGGCCGGGCAAAUUAUAAUACAGGUGAUGUAAGGGAAUGCAAAUGUAAUGGACGUGAUUGCUACGAGUUGUCACACGCCAGUUUUGUGUGUCGCUCAGAUUCAGACUGGUAUUUUGAAGACAAUAAUUCAACUUCAGAAUAUUGGGGAGUUGAAUGCAAGGAUGAGAAAAGCUGCCCCAGGUGUUUCAUCCCUAAAUCUGAUUUUUCCAAUUGCUACAAAGUAAAGGAUUAUUCCAAUAAUUAUUUUGCUUGUGUAUGCAAACACAACCAAAGAGAAUACACCAUGAAGUGCCAACACAAUGGACACCUUUACAUAUGGAGCCCUUUGGCACAUACAAAAUACGAACAACCUAAAUUACCAAAUAGUACUAUUUCCACGGUUGAGACAACAAAAGCACCCAUUAUUUUUUCAUCCUCAAGCACAAUUCAACAAUCUGAAAUUGCCAAAGUAAAUACUAGUGAACCCAAUCAAAACAUUUCUACACCUCUGCCAACAUCAGAAAAGAAAACAAAAGAACGGAAUGAGGAUAUUUUUCCAAAUGAGAUGACAAUAGCACCUUCAACCUUACGCACAACUCACCACGCUACAUUUGCAGAAGAAAGUACGGGUAAAGAAUAUCAAACGACUUCAACACCACUAGAAAACGAAAAGAAGGCAUGGUACGAGGAGACAAGCUACAUCAUACUUGCUGGUUCAAUCUUGGCGUUCAUUGCAUUUGGCGCUGUUGCCUUUGCUAUUUUUGCAAUAGUCAAACGAAGAACGCCUGUUCGACCUAUUAUAUUGUAAUUAAUCAAGAAUAACAAUAAUUUAAGUAAAACUCAGACACGGCAAAUUUUCCUUCAAUAUGUCAAAUUGCAUGAUAUGUUUCAAAAUUUAAGAAGAAAAAAAACAGCCUUUUUCCUUUUUUAA